AUGGGACACCUCAUUUGCCUCUACACGUCGGACAAUACCACGUCAGCAGCCGCGGGCGACGGUUGGCGCGAAGCCACGACAACGGCACGCGAGUCGACGGUGGACGGGGGGGUGGCGGACGGCAAAGCAGGGGGCGGCGGAGCGAGAUGGGCGCAGGCCCGUGCGCCAGAGUGGGAGGAGCGCGUGUAUGCGCGCGGCGUUCGCGGAUACAACAACGUGCUGCAGCACUUGGCGGACACUAACAGGGCGCACCUGCUGCGCGACGUGUGGAGCGACAUGGGGAUGGACGGCGUGGCGCCCGACCGCACGUCCUUCCACAUCGCCACUGCCGCCGCCAUGAAGGCCGGCCGCCUGCACGACGUGCUCUUCUUCUUCAAUCAGAUGAAGACACGUGGCAUCGUGCCUGACGUGGCGAUGCACAACAUGGUCAUCAGCGCGUGUGCCAUCUGCCUGCACGUCCACCAUGCCUUCAAGGUGGCGGAGGGCAUGAGGAGGGCGGGCGUGGAGUUCCAUCAGCGCACGUACACCGCGCUGCUCAAUGCCGCCGCCAACACCGGCCGCAUCGCCCUCGCGGAGGCGGUGGUGAGGGAGAUGGAGGCGGGGGGCAGGCAGCGCACACGCCUCACACUGGCGGCACUCAUCACAGCCCACGCCAACCACCUCCCUCGCCUGCCCCGCUGCAAACCCAAGGUGUUGGCGCUGCUGGAUGAGGCGCGCGCCCUGCCCUCUCAGGAGCCGCCAGGGCAUGGGGAAGGGGAGGGGGCAGACGAGGGGGGAGAGGAGGGUGGGGAGUUGGGGGAAGGGGGCGGCGAGGAAGGGGGGAAGGAGGGGGGUCACGCGGAGCUAGCAGGAGGAGGAGCAGCCAUGCAGGGCGGCGGCACGGUGCAGGGCGGCACGGUGCAGGGCGGCACGUUGCAGGGCGGCAAGUUGCGGCAUUACAUGGCAGCGCUGACGGCUAUGGAGACGCUCAGAGACCCACAGGUAAGGCAGGGGGUUGGGGAGGCAGGGGAGGGGGGGGUGGGGAGGGGAGGGGGAGGCAGAGGGGGGGAGAGGCAGGGGGGGAGUGGCAGGCAGGGGAAGGCGGGCGCAGGUGAGGGUGAUGAGCAGGUGGGGGUGAGGAGCUCGACCAAUGCGCUCGCUGGGGCAGAGCAGGUGAUGGCAGCAGCGAGGGAGGACGGCGUCACACCAAAUGCACACAUGCACCGCCGGCUCAUCAGAGUGUAUGCGAGUGCGGGGCAGCUGGAGGCGGCGAGGGCGGUGUGGGAUGCCUUUGUGGCUAGUGGGGGCUACCCGGGAAGAAGCCUCUUCCUGCACGUGGCAGAGGCAGCCAUGGCGCAGGCCACGCAGGACAGCACCGCCAUCGCACGGCUGUACAUGGAGGAGUUCUUCGCAGCGGGCUACUUCCUCAAUCCUGCCACGGGCGCCCGCCUGCUCAAACUCGCCUCCAUCUUCGCCCGCAAGAGUGGCGACCCAUCAUGUGCGUCGCUCAUAUUCGACCGCUACACAGCAGCCAUGAGGGACGUGGACCCGGACGCACUCUGUGUCUUUGCCUCCGCGCUGCUCGAUCUGGGAGUGCCGCGCACAGACGCGCGUGUGCACCGCGCUCACAGCCUGGCGGCACAGCGCCGUGCCGUGCGCCUGCAUGCCAAGGCUCGCGCCGGUGUCUGGCACGGCGCUCUUCCGCCGCCCUCGUAG